AUUGACGCGGGCUGCCUCCUCCCGCACGCGAAAGCAGUCGUCGCGAUGCGUGGGCGCGCGACGGUCCAUCGCCAGCGGGCAGCCGUGCGUACCACACCCUAACGUCUAGCUCGUUGCCCUCGCUGCCCGCUGGGGACAUCCUCGACGCAGGGCCGCCGGACGGGUGGCGAGAGCGCCAUGCUCCAAGCGGGCCACCGCCGCAACAACUCGGGCGACGUCGGGCUCUGGCGCCGGCCGGCGUCCGACGAGGAGGAAGUAGCGAGGGGCAUGCGUUCUCGGCGGUCGCGGUCGGAGCUGGUGAUGACACGCGGCGACGCCUUCGACCGGCGGCCCCGUCAUCAAAGGCGGCGGCAGCGGCGGCUGCGGACCUGCGCCGCGGUCGUCGUGGCGACCUUGGUGGGAGCGUGCGCCGUCGCGGCCGUCGCGCAGCGCCGCGCGAUCGCGCCGAUCAUCGCGCUGGCGGACGUGGCGCGCGCCUCGGCCUUCGAUCGCUGCGCCUGGCGCGACCCGCGGGCCGUCGCCGUCCUGACGCCGUUCAAGGCCGGCGGAAAGUCCCUCGUCAGCGCGCUCGGCGAGUUGAAGUUGCGGACCGAGCGCUACGCGAUCAAGGAGCUCCCCGUCUGGCGGCCGGGCCAAUCAUCAACAGUCAUGCGGAGGCAGCGCAAGUCCAUCAAGAGGCUCGUGGAGAAGUCGAUCAAGGCCGCGGGAAGAGGGGUCCUCAAGGGCGCGGGGCCGCGGCCCCAGGACGACCCGGACGUGGCGGUCGUCGCCGUGACGCGGAACCCGCGGGAGGCGCUCGCGUCGGCCUACGCCGAGCUGAACCGCGACGAGGGCCCCGCGGGCCCGCCGUCCGUCGACGAGUGCGCGCUCGACCAGCGGUGCGCCCGGGCCUUCGGGCUCGCUCGGUUGUGUUCGGCGCAGACGCUGGCGCUGUGCGGGGGCGACGAGGCGUGCCUGCCCGACGCGGAGGGCCGCGCGUCGCGCGAGGCGAUCGACCUCGCGCUGCUGGCGUUGAACAACUCCGUGCUGAUCACGAUCCCCUCGGAGCGGCUGGAUAUCGACGGCUACGCGACCCUCGAGACGUUACUGCCGACGUACUUCCGGGGCCUGCGGCAGGCGGCGCCGCCGCGGCCGCCCUUCCAGCGUAGAGACAGGAGCCAGGGCGCCGCCGCGCGCGCCCUGCGACGGCUCUGCGACGCCGACCAGCAGAUCUUCGACGCCGCCGCGCUGAUCUACCAGCGGCGCGCGAAGGAGUGCGAGGCGGCGGCGCGCGAGUACGAGCACGCCGUGGAGCUGCGGCACGCGCGCCUGGCCCUGAACCGGCGGCGCGAGCGCCAGGGCCUGGCCGAGGCGGCCACGCUCCAGCCCCUCGCGGAGCGGCGGCGGCCCGAACGACCGACGCGGGCGCCCACCGUCGGCGCCGUCCAGCGCCUCGCGCGCCGCGCGCCCUUCGCCGAGGGCCUCGUCCGCGGCGCGGACGACGGGCCGUCGUGA